AUGUGCAGUUCAUGCACGCAUGACCUCUCUCUCUUCAAUAUAGAAACCUGCUCCAGACCUGCUCCAGGACUAUGGCGUCCAGGGACGAGCUGCUUAAGCCGAUCUGGCACGCCUUCACCGCGCUGGACGUGGACCGGAGCGGGAAGGUCUCCAAGUCCCAGCUCAAGGUGUUGUCCCAUAACCUGUGCACGGUGCUGAAGGUUCCUCAUGAUCCUGUGGCUUUAGAAGAACAUUUCAAAGAUGACGACGAAGGUCCAGUGUCCAACCAGGGAUACAUGCCCUACCUGUCCAAGUACAUACUGGACAAGGUUAAAGGGGACUUUGAUAAGGUAGACUUCUACCACAUGUGCUGGACUCUCUGCUGUAAGAAGAACCUUGACAAGAUAAAACUGCAGAUCUCAGAGGAUGAUGCCUUCAGACUCUGGUGCAUCUUCAACUUCCUCAGUGAAGAUCGGUAUCCACUCAUCAUCGUCAGUGAAGAGAUGGAGUACCUGCUGCGUAAACUGUGUGAGGCCAUGGGAGGGUCGUGGGUGGAACAGGGCCUGGACCAAACCUGGACCAGAUCCGGGAACGAGCUCAGCGUCUGGGAGCUGCUCGGACUCAUGGGGGCUGGACUCUUCAAGAACAUCCACAGACACACACUGUCCAUGGGCAUCAACGAGGUGUACCAGGAGCUCAUCUUAGACGUGUUAAAGCAGGGUUUCCUGCUAAAGAAGGGGCACAAGAGGAAGAACUGGACAGAGCGCUGGUUUGUGCUCAGACCAGACUGCGUGUCGUAUUACACAGGAGAGGACAAGAGUGACAAGAAGGGAGACAUCAUACUGGACCCCAACUGCUUUGUCGAGUCUCUUCCUGACAAAGAGGGGAAAAAAUGUCUGCUUCUGGUGAAAUCGUCUCAGAAAAGUUUUGAGAUCAGCGCCUCAGACAAGAAGAAGAAACAGGAGUGGAUCCAAGCGAUCCAGAUGGUAGUUUCGUUGCUCCGUCAGCACAGACCUGCUCCUCACCGCGAGGCGAGGAUGAGGAGGAGGGAGCAGAGGAUGAGGCUGCAGUUGGAGCAGUUGGAGCUGGAGCAGAGGAUGAGCCAGCUACAGACAGCCAACGAGGCAAAACAGAGAGAGCUGGAGAAUAUGAGGAAGGCGCUGGAGGAGGCAGCAGCCAACGCAGCGGAGGAGGAGCGCAGACGAGCCCAAACACACAACGAACUACAAGAGAGAUACAAGAGUGACCUGGAGAGAGAGAAGAUGGUGCGAGAGCAGAUGGAGCAGCAGAUGGCGCAGAAGUCUGAAGAGUUGGAGACGUAUCUUCAGAGAGUGAAGGAGUUGGAGGACAUGUACCAGCAACUAGAGGGCGCUCUGGAGGAAGAGCGCAGGACCAGACAGGAAGAGGAGGAGGUCAGGAGGCUACAGGCCAGACUGUUGGAGGAGGAGUGUGUGAAGAGGGCGGAGCUGGAGCAGAUCCACCUGAACCAGCAGAGGGCGCUCUCUGAGACGGAGGCAGAGAAUCAAGAGCUGCAGAAGGAGAGAGAGGCCAAAGAGGCUGCACUUCGAGAGGCCAUGAAACAGCUAGAGGAGCUAGAAAACGAGAGGCAGGGAGCACUGGAGCAGUACCAGAACGUGAUGAAGAAACUGGAGAACGCCACAAACAACACCAGGACCUGGAAACACAAAGUGGCUGAACAUGAAGGAAUGUUACGCCUCAUACAGCCAGGCUCUAAGGGUCCUCUUCUGGUGACCAACUGGGGUCCUGCUGCAAUUUCUGAAGCUGAACUCACCCACAGAGAAAAGCAAUGGCAAGAGAGGAAGAACCAGGAACUAAACCAAGAUUAAACCAGGACUAAAGCAAGACUGAACCAGCACUAAAUCGUGACUAAAUCAGGACUUAACCAGAACUGAACUAGGACUAAACCAGGACUAACUCUGAACUAAACCAGGGACUGAACCAGGACUAAACUGAGAUUAGAGCAGGGAUUACACCAGGACUAAACAAGAGACUAUAAAUGCAACUAAACCUGCACUAAAGCAGGGACUAAACCAGGACUGAACCAGGACAAAACCAAGGACUGAACCAGAAUUAGACCAGGACCACAGAUCAGUGCACUAAACUGCCUAACUGAGACAACACUGUGUUUUUAAAGUGGAAAGUUUCAGGACAUUUUUGUGUUUUGUUUUAAAUGUGAUAAAAGCAAAAGUCUUAUUGAUACUUUGCAGCUGAUGUCAUCAACAUUCCUUGGGGGUGUGAUGCUAACAGGAGGCACUGCUCUGUCUAAGACUUUAAUCUAAUAUUUGUUUUAACACAGUAUGACCAGAAAGAACUACAACAGCCAAGCUGAUUUGUGUUGUUAAAUAAGGCCCUUACAAAUAACAUUGUAGUCACAAUGCUGGUAUUAGCUAACAGUUUUUCAGUUAGUCUUUCUCACCAGUCAAAAAUCAAACUCCUAAACAGGAUCAUGAACACUGUUACAGGCUCCUGAAAAUCCAUUUGAGAAUUUUCUUCUUGAGUACAGUGCUAAUGUAUGCAUUGUAUCACAGUGGAAACAUGUAGAACACCCCCAGUGUGAUGUCACUACAAAGUAUCAAUAACAUUUUACAGUUAAGUGAAUGUUUACGAGUUAUUUUUGUGACACUGAAACUCACAGUGAAGGUUAUUUAAGGGAAUGUAUUUUUUCAUUUUGACUCAAUUUAAUCACCGUUUUUAGUGCCAGGAUUAACUUUGUAAAUAUCUUUUAACAUUUAAAUUCAAACUAAUUCCUCACAUUUGAAGUGCCUUAUACCAUUGCUGUCCAGUAUUUGAGAGUUAAAAAUUUGUGAAAGAAAAUCACAACUGUGUAAAAAUUUCAUAUUUUUGUGUUUUUUAGUAAAUAAACAUUUUUCAUCCAAA